GGCAGCUUCCCACGUUUUCAACCUACACUCAACUAACUUCCAGCCACGAGAACUCUGCAGCCAUGGUCAGACGACCCCUCGAGGCAGAUCACCCUCCCGCCGAAUCAUCCGUGCUCGUCAGGACCCGAGUCCAAUCUCCGCGCAGUGACAGCGACCGAAGCAGUCCAAGACAAUUCACGCCUUCUUCGACUAGAAGUCGUUCGCAGUCUGCUGACCUUCUCGAACCUUUGGAAAUCGACCCAGAUGUGCCAAUUCCUUCAAUUGAAAGAGAGUCUGAUGAGGCCUCGAGCCUCUCUGCUCACAACAAUCUAUCUGUGCGCGCCAGAACACCUUCCUUUUCUAUUACGCCGCCUGUUACGGAGGGCAUUGCGACUCCAAUUCCUUCAUCCCCCAGCAACCGUUGGACAAGUCCGACACCGUCCUCUACAGUGCCCGCCUUAACUGAGCGUAUUGGUCAGCUAGAGCUGUCUGGAGAGCCGGUAAGGCGCCAAACAUCAUCUAGUAUAUCUGAUGGUAAAGUUUCUGCUCCAAGUCCUGUGGACAAUGUUACCCGUAUCAUGGAGAAUAUCAGAUUGGGCACGGAAACCCCACGGCCUGAUACUCCUACUCCGGCCACUUACCUUCAUCCGCGAUCCCCAAGCCCCAACGUAUCAAUUGACGGGGCGGAUCGCAAUACAAGAUCUGCCUCCCGCCGUAGGUCGGGCUCUUAUGUCGAUCCGACCCCUCACAAUGUCACAGAGGAAGAACCCCCGCAAGAGCCGUUUCACGAGCCAGAGUUUCAGCGGGAGUUUGCCAACGCAAAGAACCUUGUGAGCGAUUUGGUCAACGUGCUUGCAAGCUCGUCGCUGCACCAUGAAGCACAGUCCCGUAUACGCGCCUUGUACUUGCAGGCUGUCGAUUUGAGUCACUUCCAAAAGCCCGCUACUCGUACUGUGGGCUUGGUAGGGGACUCGGGGGUUGGCAAAAGCAGUCUUCUGAACUCACUUUUGGAUUUCGAAGGCUUCGCUCGAUCGAGUAACAGUGGGUGGGCAUGUACUUGUGUUGCAACUGAGUAUCACUACCACGAGCAUGAAAAUUUCGCCAUUGAGACGGAAUAUUUCACUGUGGAUGAGCUUCACGAUCAAUUCAGCGAGCUUCUGCAAUCAUACCGACAAUAUCAUCUUCGCGAUACCCAGGACAAUGACAUGGGAGAAGACAAAGAAGAUCUCAAAAAGAAAGCGAAGGUCGCUCAAGACACGUUCCUUGCUGCCUUCCGGCACCGCCUAGCGCAUAAUGAACGAUUCCUUCUCGACAAUUCCGAGGUGACUGUCCUCCAGACAUUGCUAACCUGGGUCAGGAAUUCCCAUCUAGCUCUAUUGGAAAGGCCUGGCGCAGGGGCAGAAAGAGAAUUCUUCGAGGAGGCAAGCCAGUGUUCUCGCCGCUUGACCGAGCUUACCUCGGAGCAAAAUUCUUCGAAUGAAGCCUCCACAUGGCCCUUCAUUCGAAAGAUUAAAGUCUAUCUCAAUGCAUUUAUUCUGAGCAAGGGCCUUGUACUCGUCGACCUUCCAGGUCUUCGUGACCUCAACUCGGCUCGGCUCAAGGUCACCGAGAGGUACCUGCUCAAUUGCGACGAAAUUUUUGCCGUAUGUUAUAUAGGUCGAGCUACCACUGAUGCUAGUGUAAUGGGAGUAUUCGACCUCGCCAGGAGGGCUUCGCUGUCGAAGAUUGGGAUCAUUUGCACGAAAUCCGAAGAUAUUCUGGCAGAGGAAGCUAAGGAGGAUAGGAAUGGAGAGGCUAGAACACGCAUCGAGAACUUCACCAGCAACAUCGACAAGAUGAAGAAAUCCUUGGGCGCGAUCGACCACGAAAUAAAAGAAUUCAGCAUCGAUAGUGAUACCGAAGCCGAGGUUGACGAAGAAGAGAGCCGUGAGCUCGUGCGGCUUCACAAUGCCUCUAGAAAGUUAAAAAAACGGAUCAAGAAAGAACAGUUCGAGUUGAAAACCUUCCUCGUGAAUACUCGCAAUCAGCAAGUCACAGCCUCGCUUCAGACAAUCUACCAGCAGCGGAUUCCUGGAGGAAACUUGCCAGUUUUCUGCAUUAGCAAUCUUGAUUACUGGGAGCAUCGAAAGAAACCAAAAGCCGAGUCCAUGCCCUUCCUCCAACUGUCUGGAAUUUUGCAAGUCCGCAAAUAUUGUCUUUCCAUUGUCGCGGAAAGCCAGCUACGGGCGGCAGUCAGCUAUAUGACUGAUGCCAUUCCAGCACUGCUGGGAUCUGUUGAGCUCUGGGUUCAAUCUGGCGCGGGAAGUUUGAGCGCCGAAAGGAAACAAACUAUUCGAAACAGCAUUGAAGAGAUCGAAGAUGCCCUAGACACCUUGAAGCUGCCUGGAUCCUCUGUCAAUGCGACCGCGCGGGCAAUGGAGCAGCAAUUUAAUACCCGGAUAGUUCGUACCAUGAGACAAUACUCGAACGAUUGGAGUGAAGCUGCACAAGAUGCAAGUAUGGAAUGGCAAGGGUGGAAUCAUGGUACUUAUUCCGCCUUCUGUCGAAAGUACGGGGACUACAAUACAACUGCGGUUGGAAGGCGCUGCUGGAACGAAGAAGCUAUUCAAGCCAUGGUAACCCAGCUGGCCACCCCGUGGCGGACUCUUCAACAAGACCUUCAAGCCUCUCAGGAUGACCUGCUCGACGCGAUUGACGGUUGCUUCGAUUCUGUUAUAGCUCUAUCUGAUUCAACCGAUGGCACGACACGCUCACUGCGGACUUUGAAUAGGACCAUGAGGCACAGACAGGCCCUUCUCCUUUCUGCCGUGGAGGAACUGGAAGACAAUUUCCAGAGCGAUUUAUCCAUUCUCCGUACCGAUGCCUUUUCGGGCAUUCGCACCUCGUUCAUUGGUCAGCUUAUGGAAGUGUCGUAUACCAGAACCAUCCAAGAGCAAGGCACCGGAAGCGACAUGAGGCGCAAGAGAAUCAUCCGAGACGGGUUUGGCGACGACCGGCUCUUCGACAAUCACCGCCGACGAUUUAGAAACAGAUUCUCCGACCUGGCCCGCGAUCUACAAGACAAUAUCCAAGAGGCUAUCGCCACGCACCUCGCCGCCAUUCAGAGUGACUUGGACACCCUGAAGAACGAAAAUGUGGCCCUGGAGAGCGAGCGGCAUCCCGAGUUCCGCAGACGGGUCGAGGAAGCGGUGCGCGAUAUCAGACACCGGAUGGAGGAGGCCUACACGGUUGUUUCUCGUUUCAGGACGGCCGCUGCUUGAGCGAGAAAACACUGAGAGGUUGGGAAACCGCCAUGUACGAACAAUAUGGAGCUCCAGGCGUCGAUUUCGUGUUCAAGACGGAGCAUUAUGCUGACGAACCUCAGGGCGACGCUGGUCUAGGUUUGUCUCGUAGACCUUGAGCCAGGCUGGAGCUCAACACAAACCGUAGAUCC